AUCUUCCACUCAUCAAAUAUCAAUUUAUUUUUUUAUUUUUUAUUUAUCUCAUUUCCCUUUUCUUCUUCUGGGAAGUCGCAUUUAGCAACCUUUUUGAAUAUGUUCCAAAAAUAUAACUCUUACUUGGAUUCAACGCUUUCUUCUUGUUUUCUCAGUUUACAGUAUUUUCUCUGUACUCUUACGGUUGAUUUGUAAGAAUUUGAUUUUGAUUGAGAAAGAUCUGAGUUGAUAUCAUAAUGGUUUCGGUUGAUAAUGGUAAAGAAGAAAUUGAGGAGUGUAAUAAUAAUAAUAAUAAUGGAAGUAAAGUAGAAGAGUUUACUUCCAUAGAUAUUUCGACUUCUCGAAGAACAUUGGUGACCGAUGAUGAUCCCGAGAGAAAGUUCCCGGGUAAGUUGAGUGCUAUCCCUAAUAGGAUGAACUUCUUGAAAUUUGGUUCCGCGUCUGCCAAAUUCAAGCGGCUUGCUACUCUGAUGGACCAGGCAUCGCAGUCUGUGCCUUCUCCGAGUUCACAUAGCUUAAGAGAACGAUUCAGCGGCAUAUUUGCUAAGAAACUUGAUUGGAAUUCGAUUAAGAAGAUGUCAAUGGAAUGGAUUAGAAACCCGAUGAACAUGGCGCUUUUUGCGUGGAUUUUAUGCGUUGCUGUUUCGGGUGCGAUUUUGUUCCUUGUCAUGACUGGUAUGCUGAAUGCUGUACUGCCGAAGAAAUCUGCGAGGAAUGCGUGGUUUGAAGUAAACAAUCAAAUACUCAAUGCGUUGUUUACGCUGAUGUGUUUGUAUCAGCAUCCGAAGAGAUUCUACCAUCUUGUACUUUUGUGCAGAUGGAAUCCGAAAGAUAUCGCCAAACUUAGAAAGGAGUAUUGCAAGAAUGGAACUUAUAAGCCUCAUGAAUGGAUGCACAUAAUGGUUGUGGUAAUUCUCGGUCAUGUGAACUGUUUCGCACAGUAUGCACUUUGCGGUCUAAACUUAGGGUAUAAAAGAUCUCAGCGUCCAGCCAUCGGUGUUGGAAUAUGUAUAUCUUUUGCGAUCGGUGCACCUGCAAUUGCUGGUUUAUAUACCAUUCUUAGUCCGCUAGGUAAAGAUUAUGAUUCUGGUUCGGACGAAGAAUCGCAGGUUCAAAUUACUGCUGAUAAAAAGCAAGAGCAGAUGAGAGUGACAUCAUUAGAGAGGAAAUAUUCAUUUGCGCCAAAAGAUAAACAAAGGACAGUUGAAAAUAGACCAAACUGGAGUGGUGGAAUACUUGACAUUUGGGACGAUAUCUCUCAAGCGUAUCUAUCACUUUUCUGUACUUUUUGCGUCUUUGGUUGGAAUAUGGAGAGACUUGGCUUUGGAAACAUGUACGUUCACAUUGCUACUUUUAUGCUGUUCUGUAUGGCACCCUUUUGGAUUUUCAUCUUGGCUGCUGUUAAUAUUGAGGACGAUACCGUUAGGCAAGCGCUAGUAGGUACUGGGAUCGUUCUAUGUUUUUUCGGUUUACUCUAUGGCGGCUUUUGGAGGAUUCAAAUGAGAAAGAGAUACAAUUUGCCGACUUAUGACUUCUGUUUCGGCAAGCCUGCAGUUUCUGAUUGCACACUUUGGCUUUGCUGUUGUUGGUGCACUCUUGCUCAAGAAGUGCGGACAGGGGAUGCGUAUCAUAUCGUAGACGAUAAAUUCUUCAGCAAAAAACUUAGCACUGUUGACCAACAGCCAAUUUCACCUUUGCGCCGCGAAGGUGUGGCUUCGACCAAAUCGGGUACGAGUUCCCCUCUCGGUGUCAAUACCUCGUCUCCUUCUACAUUCAAACCGUCGAGUCCUCUUAGUUCUAGCAGUUUCUAUACGGAACAUCAUAGCCCAGAUGGCCCGCUGUCGACUUUAAAAGAAGAGGUUUCCGAAAAAGAUAAAGAUGUAACAAUGAUUCCACCAACUCCGCCGUCGAUACAAAGAGAAUCUGCUUAGUCCCUGAAGAUAAAGACUCGGAAUCCUUUCAACCUGCUCAUAGUUUUUUUAAAGGCACGGCACAAUUUAGCUGUUGAUUAUCAACAGCAGCAUGUAAUUGAUUUAGUUGAUGUCUGUGUCAAAUCAAAGUACUUUCAUUCUUGUUUUGAGGCUUUCUUUACAUCCAUUGAUAUGAUUGUGGAGAGCUUGUACAGUUCAUUCUUAACUAUUUCCUUUUUGAGACUGGAUAUGAAACCAGGUUUUGUUUCCAAGAAACAUAGUUUGCAAUAAUGAUACAUGAAUGAAUUUAUUUUUUC